ACCACACAUAAAAGUCCUUUGAUUUGAGGUUCACUUUAUAAUUUGUUAUGGUUUUGGGUGCAGACAAAAAUGCGCUGUGGAUAUAAUCUUAAUUUUCUGUAAAUCUAGACAUCUAUUUACAACUUUCCACAACAUGUUUGUGUCUCUCUGUAAAAUAUUAUCACAACAAGACAUACUAAAAUGUAUCUAAAUACUGUAGUUAAACUUUAGGCAACAAACAGUGAAUCAAGUUAAUUUGUGAGUCUAACAGAAGAGUUUUCUUCAUCCAUGCAGAUGAAAAACUAGUUUGGCCAUAAAUGUAAAAACACACUUUGCACGCAAAAUUGCUAUUACAUGAAAGCAUACAGUUGAGUUAUUUUGCUUAUCUAUACCAAAAGAUGGGCAAGCUGACGUGAUACCAUCCACAUAAAGGCAUUGUGUGAAAUGAAUGCAUUUGCAAAUUGAGAACCUGCCCUUGCAUGAUGGCGGAUGAAUGUGUCCGUGGGGCAGACCGCAACAUUAAUAUACCUCACCAGCAGUGAAGCAUCGGCCGCCAGUGGCGUGGACAUUUCAGGAAGAGAACAGACAAAUUCGCUGAAAUCAAAUUUGGGAGUUCUGUUUCUAGAAGAGUGAGAGAAAAAAGUGCCCCGGAAAGACCCACUCGUUUCGUCAUUUUGAAAUCCGAAGGGGAGGAUUUCUUCAUUCCCAGAAAAUUUCUCCGCAUGACCCGCAUCAUUUUGGGAGGUAACAAAGUGGAGCACCCGCGUCUUUCCUCAUUCACAAAUGAUACAAUGUAACGGGUGCUUUGGUCGCAAUCAUCCGGAGCUCAUGUUUGUGUGCGCGAUUGUACUCUUGUUCGGCUGAAUUCAAGAAAAGCAGGCAAGGAAGGAGAGGAAGUAGAAGCAAACAGUGGACUCCUUGAGCUCUGCACCACAAGUUUCCUUCACUCUUGCUGAGCAGACCUGGAGUCAUGAGUUGUCAGGAGGUGCCGAACCCCAGCCAGGAGCCGAAGGACACUGCUGUGGUCCCCACAGAGGCUGGAGCCACACAGGCAGUACCAACAACGUCUCCGAAGCUUCCCUCAGUGAACGUAAAGACCGAGGUGGCAUCUCCCAUUGAGUCUGUGGCCAGUAACGGCAAAGCGAGUGACAGCAACAUACCUGCUGAGAUCUGUGUGGUUUUAGGAAGCUCUCGUAACUCUCAAACACAAGGCUCUUACAUUUGUGGAGUAUGUGGCAAAAAGUACAAGUACUACAACUGCUUUCAGACGCACGUCCGAGCUCACACAGAGACUGAGGCUGCUGCUUCUGGAGAAGGAGCCUCUCUGGGAAUCAAUAAUUCUUUCCGCUAUACAUGUGACGUAUGUGGGAAAAAAUACAAGUACUACAGCUGUUUUCAGGAGCACCGAGACCUCCAUGCAGUUGAUGAUCCGUAUGAUCAUGUGAUACCAGUAGAAGACCUAAAAGAGGAGACUGAAUCCUACCAGAAAAUGGGACCAAAAACGGGAAGUUACACGUGUGAGUAUUGUGGAAAACAGUACAAAUACUUCAACCCCUAUCAGGAACAUGUGGCUCUUCACGCUCCAAUGAAGGGAAAUUAUGGCCUUAAAAUGGAAGGGAAAAUGUCUAGCCAGUCAGGCCAGUCCAGUCGUGCAGACAUCAACAAUUCCCAGAACUCGAGUGAUACUCCAAACAGCCGGACCUAUUCUUCCCGUCCUAGCCCUCAGAAAACCUACUCGUGUGGAGCCUGUGGAAUUCAGUUCCAGUUCUACAACAACCUCCUGGAGCACAUGCAGUCCCAUGCUGCUGAUAAUGAGAACCAUGUUAAAGAUGAGUCUCCGAAGCCUUGCCAAGCGCCUGUGGCCACACAGGAGCAGAUGUGGAAAUCUCCUCAGCCGGCACAACAGAGGAACCACACACCGGCUUUUCAGAACAGAUUACUUCCAGAAAAGGAGAGACAACAAGUGGCUGAACGUUUACUGAGAGUAAUGUGCGUAGACCUUGGCCUUCUUGGCGUCCUCAGCAGCAAAGACUUCCUGAAGCUUGCACAGACCCUGGUGGACACGGGUUCACGUAAUGGGGCCUACUCCAUUCGUGAAGCCCUGGGAGAUAUGAGCUCACUGGCAUUAAAACAGCUCCCCCGUAUGUACAAUCAGGUCAAAGUAAAAGUCACCUGCGCCCUGGGUUCCAACUCCUCCUUGGGCAUUGCAGUGACCUGCCAUUCCCAGACUAUAGGACCAGACUCCUGCUAUUUGCUGACAGCGUAUCAAGUAGAGGGUGUGCGACUCCGACGCUACGUGCUGGGACUCAAGGAGGCCUCGUUAAGGGAGAGUCCUGAGCAGAUACACCACUGGGUCCAGAAUGUUCUGUCAGAGUUUGUCAUGUCGGAAAUCCGCACAGUCUAUGUGACAGAGCCACGCUUGUCUUCGGUAGCCUUUUGCGGUCGCACCGGAAUUGGCCUUCGUUGCGCAGGUUGCUCUCUAACAGCAACGGUUCAGGCCGUUCUUGGUCGCCGCAGCUUGCAAGCACGUGGGCUCCAUGAGCUAGGAGACCUUCUAGCUACAUGUCGCGACAUUGCUGCAACGACCAGCUUCAGUCAAGAAGGGAAAGCUGCAGGAGAGCCUGCCGCGCCGCCCUGUUGGGAUGCAGUUGCAGAGGCCUUGCUCAAGGUACACGAGAACUUUGAGGCCACCUGUGAAGCGUACGGCCGCUCGAAGAGCACUGUGCCACUCUUGCAAGGCCUGAACAAGCACCUGCUUGGCACGCUUGCAUGUUUGCUUGCGCCGCUAAGACAGGCCGCGCAGGAGCUGAGUGUGGAACGCUGCCCCACACUCCAACACGUCCUUCCCGUCUACCUCCGUCUCGAAAAACUUUUCACCUCCAAAGCCGGUGAAGCGGGUGCUGGCAGUAAGCUCUGCCACUACUUCCUGGAAGCCCUGAAGGAGAACUUCAAAGUGGAACGUGUCCAUCAAGUCGCAAUGAUCCUGGAUCCACAGCUUAAGCUGCGGCCGGUCCCUGCUUACCAGCAUGAGGAUAUUAUCUCAAGGGUGUGUGACAUGGCUGCUAAUAUGAGGGAAUCAGGAAGCGGUGGUUCUGGGGGUAUGUCUGUGGAUGAGCGUGAUAGUGAAGGACCAUCAGCACCAAAGCGUGGCCGCCUGGACUGUGGAUUGGAGAGGCCAUCGUGCGAUGCUGAAGAGCCACAGGUACGAAAGGAGUUGUUCCAGUACCUCGGCGAACCACUUUUCAAUGGCACAGGAGACCUGUUACAGUACUGGAGUUCGGUCAUGGACCGAUACCCCAGGCUGUCGCGGUUAGCGCUGUGGUUGCUGGCUGUACCUGCUGUAGCUGUGCAUGUAGAGUCCGUGAACAUCUGCGAGCAGACCUUAGCCAUGAAGAGAAAGCAGCAGGUCACUGCGGAGGAGAUGAACAAGCUAGUCUUCCUCAAGAGUAAUUUUGCUUGAGAUGGCUCAGGGCUUUCGGCUAAUGGCACCAUAGACUGUUUGAACCAGAUGUACCGGUCACUUCUCUUUACCCCUUCCAAAAAUCCUGUUUUACCGUAAGUGUCUAUCAAUGAGGCACACGAUAGAAAUUUACCAAGGAAAGGUACAUUGACAACUAAUUCACAAACACCCCUUCAGACCAUACAGUAUCUUUGCAUUGGCAGUGGCAACAGAAGCAACUCGAUGAGAAUACAGUUUGCGCGAGGACACUGAUAUAAACUUGUGUUUUCGAUGUUUCGGUUAAACUAUUGCUUAAAAUCGUGAUGUGUUUUUAUCAGUAUGUGGUUCCUCCAUCUCGCUUUUCUUUCUGUGGAAUCCAUCUGAAAUUGAGUGUAUUAUUGAAAUCAUACACAACAUACUUUCCAUCUAGAGAAGGAAAAAACGGGGUACUUAGAAAAAGCCAUUUCUUUGCAAUUACGCCUUUAUGAAAACCACAAACACUCUUUGCUGUGACAUCCAAACAAUACCUCUCUUUAGCAGUUUAUCAGAGGGCAGAUCAAGCUUGUAGAGGUGUGUGUCUUGUCGUAAGCAGGCCCUGAUUCAGUAAUCUCAGUUAACCGGUUUGAGUGCGUGUUAAGCUCUUGUUCAGCCUCAGGAGUUUAAGGCCAGCAGAACUCAGAUUUAUACUUGGGUCACAUAGAUAAAUGAUUUUUGAUUAUUUAUUUUUAUUUUGUCAGUUCUCACAAUAACGUUGCAAUAAAUGUUCCGUAGCAGAAGUUAUACUGUCAAGCAGACUCUGAUGCCUUGCACCUUUGUAGCAGCCUUUUUUGCCAUUACAGCUCACUGGGAUUAUUUCAUUCUACAAUACAAUCUGCAAUACCUGGAACAGCCACUUAAACCCCAAGAUUGGAUCCUCAAUAAUAUUGGGUUAUGGAAGUAUAUAGGAAUGAUCUGAUGUUCCAGUCCAGUGGAUCAGAUUUAUUUAUUUUACUUUUUUUUUUUAUUUUUUUUUUUUAUUUAUUUUUUUUUUUCAGAACUUGUUUCUGAAAAAGUGGGAAUAGGGCUAUGGAAUACAGAAACUGUCUGUCUCUCACUGUCUCGGUACAAACCUCCUUGAACAGAGGCAGCUAACUGCAUUAUUGUUUGAAUGCGUUUUAAGAGGAUAAAGCUAAACAAAUAGUUCAUUAUUUAUGCACUGGAUUUCUCUUAUCAUUAUUUUCCUCAUUUAUCUACAGCAGGAAAUUAGAUUAAGUGAUAACAUUAACUAGAAAAAAAUAAAUAAAAAUAAAAUCAUUGCCUAGAUUAGGACCAAAGUAUCUUUUAAAAGUAGUUUGUCAUUGUGAAUAAUUGCCAUUUCCGGACAGAUUUGUAGUUUUAUCUCAUAACACCCAUGCUUCCUCAUAAUGGUUUUGCCCUCAUUAAUUUCCACUGCCUUUUAAACAACUGUUCAUUUCAAAAUUGUUCUAGUAAACAGACAGUAGUAACAAUUUUAACUUCCAUAAUAAAUGAUCUUCAAUUUACUUCAAGAGUAUUUUGCAGUAGUUUUUCCAAGGAAAGAUGUGAUUUUAGUAAUAUAUAGUUUGUCUUGUAAUGCCUUGAACAUCUUUGUGUGAUUAUACAGAUAUGCAUGCAGACAAUAUAAGAGUUUUUUUUUUUUUUGUCUUAAAGUGGAAGAGAUCUACAAAUACAUAGUCGAUGUUCACACAAAAGCAGAAAUACUGUUGUCAGUCCCAUUUUGAGUGCUAAAUAAGGUGCAAAUCUGCUUAUAAAAGAAUGACAACCGCUUUCUGUGACUCCAGAAAAUCUAAGUCUAUUGUUAAAGACAAAUUUUGAAGGUUCAGUUAUAUAUGCUGAAGGACAAAAAUGGCAGUGAAGUAGUCUAUCACUCCUUUUAAAUGGGUAAUCAUUGACCUCUCUCAGGUUAUGUAAAAUGGUGGUAUCAUUUAGUGAAAGAGAGAGUGAGACAAAACUCUUAAGUAUUUAGGAAAUAGUCUUGCAAAGGGGAAAAACAGUACCGAAGAGUUUUUUAAUUUUUUGACCACAUAUAUGAACAGUUCCAAAAAAAAAAUGAAAUCCUUAGUCCUAUAUAGUCUAUUGACUAUUAUCACCUGUUCCUAUGGUUACAGGCAUCAUUUGCCCUACAUAGAAGGGAACUGACUGGUUAACUGUAUAGACAUUGUAGAUACUCUGCUGUUGUAGGUUUAAGAUGAUUUGAGAAUCACACCUGUUGAUAAAUACGGUUGUUAAUCCCAAACACUGACGUACACACCACAGAAUUUUUGAUUGCUAUGAUAAAACUAUAGCGAACAAUUGUUUUGCCGUUUCACGGUUGUGAAUAAUUUUAACCUAUUUGGUGUCAGUUAUGUUUGACCAAAGAUUAGCGACCAAAGACGCAUUGUGUUGUACAAUUUUACCUAAACCCCCGAUGACAGAGACACUUGGUGUAGCUAUAGCCCAUGACACACCUAGCCGACGGUUGGUCGUCUGGCAGUUUUUAUUUGUCAGCCAAGUUUUCUCCGUGUGUUCCUGCAGCUUCAACUGAAGUUGGUCCUCGUCUGCUUUUUUGCGGCUGAUUUGACACGUUGAAUUAAUGUAGGAGCUUGUUGGUCUGUUGGGUUUUUAAACAGCACGCUCUUUGCAGUGUUGCCUUUUCAACUUAUCCUUCUUUUUGCCUUCUGGCUUCCUAGCAAGGUCACUAAAAAUAUGUGAGAGAUUUAAGUGAGUCAUCUUACGUUUUGAAUUUAAUGUUGAUGUAAAAAGUUUCAGUAAACAACAAGUUAAGUCGGUUGUAGAGUGGAUUAAUGCCUCAUUCAAGACAAGGUCAAAGGCAGGAAACUGACAUUUUCCGCUUCCAAUCUCAAUGCCUUCAGGUCAACCACACUGUCACGUCAUGUAGCCUUGUACCACAAGAUGGCGCCUUGACUCAACGUGAGCAAUUCAUAUUCCCACAUCAAUAAUGAACAAAAAACAAAAGCAAAGAACUGCUCAGGUUAGCUUCUUAAAAACAAGCCAGGAGUGAAAUGAAAACUUUGUUAUACAUUUGUGUAAUACAUCUUUGUAUACCAUGUUGUGAACUUUAUGUUGCCUUGUGCUCUUAAAGGAACAUUCCAGGUUAAAAAAGUAAAUACUGUAUUUUCCAGACUAUAAGUCUCACUUUUUUCAUAGUUUGGCUGGUCCUGCGACUUCUAGUCAGGUGCAACUUAUUUAUCAAAAUUAAUUUGACAUGAACCGAGAGAAAUGAACCAAGAGAAAACAUUACCUUCUACAGCCGACACGCAGUUUGAUUGUUGAAUGGAGGAUGACAGACAGCCGCAGCGGAAAGAAGAGUUUAUAUGAACUUGAAUUUAAUUUCAAUUUUAAUCUGUACCUCACAUAGAACUAUGGAACCACAUCAGAACACUUGAAAUAUGUCCAUGAAAACGUCUUGGUGCUUUAAUGUUUUAGUGCCUUUCGUGGGGCUCAACAAUAACACAGAAUAGUAUACGCACAAUAUCAGAUUAUCAAAAUGUCAGUAUCGGAGCCGAUACCGGUCCCAAAUAUCUGAUCGGUGCAUCCCCAAGCAUAGAUCAUUGAAUCUGAUUAGACCGUCCGCAUCUCGUUCAAAAAUGACCAAAAAGUUUCAUUAUUUUUAAAACUUGUCUCUUCUAUAGUUACAUCGUGUAUCAAGACAGACAGAAAAUGAAAAGUUGUGAUUUUCUAGGCUGAUAUGGCUAGCAAUUAUACUCGUAUUAUAGAUUGUGGUUGAACACUAUUGCCCACUUUAAACGCCAUUCCAGUCAUUUUAUUCCCAGGAGGUAGGAAAGAGCUCCGAUCUAUCUGAACACAAAUAAGCACUCAAAAGAGGAGUAACAACCGUAUUUAGGUCCAGCGUGUGAACUCAGCCAUUAGCCUGAAUUGCUUAAGUUAGCACAUAAAAUGUAUCUGCUGAAAAGAAAAGGAGCAGGGAUGCAUGUUGUUUGAACUUGGUAUUUCCCAAAAUACAAAUAAUGAUACUGGCUAGCAUGUGCAGAAAUGUUCAUAUGUAAAAACAUAUUUUGAUAAACCUGGCCCAGAAACAGCUGCUGUUGAAUUUUCUCGUAUUUCUGUGUAACCACAAGAGGGCAGAAGUGUCUCAGAAAUCUGUCUUUGCAAAGCGUCUCCAAACAUCUUACCUCUGUUUUCUAUUCAUGCAUUUCAGCUAUUUUGAUAAACUCAGUCUGUGAAUAUGUCAGACUUCAUGAAAGGUGUCUUUUACCCCCCUCCCUUUUCCCUGGAUGAAUGUGUACAUUUUGGGGGGAAACAUGAAUGCUGGUCAAAUGCAAAAUGCUCUUCAACAGCAGACAAGUUUUUGACAAAUACUAAUCUCUGAAAGUGUAAAACACUGUUUCAAUCACAACUAUUUAUGGAUGUACAACAAUUAGUAAUAUCAUUCAACCUGUCUGUUUGAGAGCCCCCCCACUCCCAAUUAUAGUCCAGCCAACAUUUGUCUUUGACAGGCAUUUUUCUGAUUUUGUCUAUUAAGUUGUUUCAGCUGUAGGUCUAAUUUAUACUUUUUUAACAACACUAUUUUUCUAAACAUGACUGAUAGAGUUUCUUCUCUCCUUAUCGACUGUCAGUAGUACACUGCGCUGUUCUAAGAAGCUAUCUACUCCUGUAGUAUGUGCUGUGUGAAUAAAAUAUCCUUAAACAAAAAA